GCGAUGCCCGCGGCGAAGGUUCGCAGGCCAGCUGAUUGGCACGAGCAGGACAAACACGAGGAGGAGGACGACACCGACGAGGGGCCUCUGGUGAGCAUCGCCGCCACGCGCGGCAAGGGCAAGAACACCCUCAAAGACGACGAGGACGCAGAGGACGGAGCAGCUGAUUCCCGCACGACGACUCGUGCCCAGAGGCACACCUUCGCGAAGAAUCGCCACCUCUUCGAUCAGGCCUUGGUGGCCCAGUUCGACAAGCUGAUGGACACAGCCAACAAGACCGUCGGCAAGCAGGCGCAGAUCAACCAGAUCAUCAACAGCUGCGUCACGAGGAAGGCUGCUGGCGGUGUGGGUGUCUUGAUCAAGACACGCUCGGUGAAGCGCUUCCAGCGCAGCAUGAUGCGCGACGAGAACAAGGAGACGGCGCACGGCCUUGGAUGGUGGAGUCUCGUCGGGACGAAGUUCGGCGGCUCCGAGUCCUUGGCGCAGAAAGCGCUCGACGCAGGGGAGGUCUACCAGGCAGAGGACACGGGGCUCUACUACCAGAAGUCCCACACCAUCGAGCGGACGAGAGCCCAGGAGAAGGGCUACAAGGGCGAGGAGGACGCGGGCGGCCUGCUCUCGACGGACGAGUUCGCGCAGGCGUUGUGCGACCAGGAGGAGCAGCUCACCGCGGCGCCUCUCGGCGACUGGUUCAAGCAGUGCCAGAAGGGGGGCCCCAAGAAGAUCGCGGGGGCGCAGGCGGACGACGGCGACUUCACG